AGGCAGGCCCGUCAACGCUAGAUCAUGGCGUCCAGAUCAGACAGUGGGAACGAGACCCGCGGGUCCUCAGAGUCAGAUAACUCCUCCACGCCCACGCCCACCAGGGAGCUGCAGCAGCAGCACGCCCGCGAGAGGCUCCACGCCCGCGAGGUCCAGCUACACCAGCACCAGCAGCGUCCUAAACCCCUACACAUCCCGUCCAGCACCCGCGUGUUGGUGAUCCCUGUGCCGCCCCUCGCCCGCCCACACACCUCCGCCCACCGCUGCACGCCCACCACCAGAACCACCUCGCUGACCACGCCCACAGUCAGAACCACGCCCACACCCAACUCCAGAACCAGUCUCAUACUAGCCUCAACUACUAGAACCACCCCAAUAGCCACUCCUACAAUUAGAACUACGCCCACACCUCAGAGAUCUACGCCUACGGUAACGCCCUCGCAGAGAACCACGCCCACGCUCUCGCAGAGGACCACGCCCACCUCCUCCCAGAGGACGACGCCCAUAGCGCGCCCCGCCCUGCCCUCCAGACUGACUCCGUCGUCUGUGAGGCUCACUACUCCUACCUCACACUGCCACCGCCCACAGCCUCUACGACCCCUACCUAGGAGGCCAGCGUGUGUGGGGAUGGGGUCAGCGGGGUCGGUCCACGCCGGGGCGCCCCUGGGGCCGCUCACAUCCUGCAGGGGGCGACAGCGGAACAGCGUGGCCGUCGUGGACUCCCGCGACCACAUCUACGAGGAACUGGAGAUGUGUAGAGGACCCCCCCAGCUCGCUCCUGUCUCUGGCGUCCUCCCCCAGGGCAAGGUGGUGAUCCGGCCCAUCGCCUUCAAGCCUGUGGCGUCGACGGGGGUGCACGGGGGCGUCUCCCCCCAGUCUGGAUGUGGGGUCAACCUCGGGGCGUCAACGGUGGGCGUGAUGGUGAGCACGCCCACGGGAACCACGCCGCCCUCACGCCCAGACCCACGCUACACCUCCACGCCCACGCUGGCCAGGGGCGGCAUGCACCACUAUGGUAGCAUGGGGGACCUGAAGACAAUGAGCCACAACAGCUACUCUCUGGACCGGCGAGUGCUGGCAACUCCCGUGUCAGCAAGAGGCUACUACGACCAUCACAACAACGACAACAACAACAAAUACAACAGCCUGACUAAGCUUCACAAUAGCAAAAACACCUCCAUGAACAACAAGAACAACCACAACAGCAGCAACAGCAACAGCAGCAGCAACAAGAGUCCGCCCUCCUACCCACCACCCCCGCCUCGACCACCAUCCCACCAGUCAACCUGCAGCAACAUCGAGGACGGUCUCCCUCACCAUCGGCUCCCUCAAGAUAACAGACUCUCCAGCAAUUACGAUAACUCUUACGAUAACAGACUAACUAGCACGUACGACAACGGAGCCAUGUACACACGCGUCAACGGGUACUCAAACAGUGACCUCCCUCGCUACGACAGCCUCAAAAAUUUAUCGAGUGACUCUGGCCACUCGUACGGUCACCACCAUCACCACCACCACCACCAUCACCAGCCUGUGACCAACGGUCUCCAGCAGCGGAUGGGCGGCUCCGUCACCAACCUUACUCGCAUCAGCAACGCUCAACACUGCGGAUCUGUCCAGGGACUUGACCGCUCCGGUUCAAACAUCGGCUUGGACAGAUCCGCCUCAGUGACCGGGUCCAAUCUAGACAGAUCGGGUUCGGUCAGCGGUUCAAAUCUCGGGUUGGACAGAUCAAUGUCCGUCACGGGCUCCAACUUGGGUCUGGACCGCACGAUAUGCGGGUCAGUGGCCGGGUCUAUCAGCGAACUGACGCUGGACGAGCACCACCAGACGCCCUCGCCCUCAGACUCCGGAGUGGCGGAGCUGGAGGCCAUGCUGAAGGAGAAGGACUCGGAGAUCAACACCCUACGAGAGACAAUGGAGCAGAACGAGCAGGUGAUAUUCAAGGUAUACGAAGAGAAGGAGAAGACGUGGGAGCGGGAGCUGAAGAAGAUUAGGGACUUGUACGACUCCCGUUUGAAGGGAGCCCAGCAGAAGGCCCUCAAGGUGGAGCAGUCUCUCACCACACAGACCUAUCAGCUGCAGCAGGAGCGGCGAAAGCUGAUGGCUGAACUGGAGGAGGCCCGUCGUGAACGAGACGGUCAGCAGAGCCAGGUGGAGCAGCUGAGACGAGAACUGAGUUCACUCCGCACUCAGCUGGAGGAAACAGAGUGGAGCCUUUGCCAGAAAUCAGGUGAAAUUUCUUUGUUGAAGACUCAACUCAAAGAUUCUCAAGGUGACCAAACAACACGAGGACAUGAGCUGCUUCACUUGCGUGCCCAGGUUCGUCAAUACCAAACUGAGGUUGAAAGACGUCGUGCAGAGAUUAAUUCCCUACACGAUUUGAUGGGACAGCAGCGUCGAGAAUCUGGUGACCUCCGUUUGCAGCUAGACCAGGCACAACAGCAACAGUCACAAGCACGAGCACAUGACCAAGAUCUUGGCCUUCAAAUGGACAAAUUAAAGUCAGAGGUUGAAAUAAUGAAGAGGGAAAGUGAUCUGCAAAGACAACAGUUUGAGGAAGAGCGUUUAAGGUGGACAGAGGAAAAAGAACGAGUCAUACGUUACCAGAAACAACUGCACCACAACUAUGUUGCCAUGUUUGGCCGUAACCGACAAUUAGAAGAGGAGGUGGCAAGACUGACAGGAGUGCCCCUGCCUCCCACAAAGAAUCUCAGUCCACCAAAACUACCUGCAGUGUAUGCAGAUAUCAGAGAUGCUCCUUCACUGCCUCAAAUUUCUAGUGAAUCUCGGUGCUGACGUGGGCCUUUGUAAAAUGUGGCUAUCAUGGUAUACUGGUCAUGUGUACAGUAAUACAAAAGUUUGAAAUUGUACAGUUUUAGGAUAAUACCUCAGUGUUAAAGAAAGGAUGUGUAAAUUCAGUAAAAAAGGAUGGAGGAACUGGAUUAUGUUGCAGAUAACUGCUGAAAUCAGAACAGAUUUAUAUACUGUACUGCAGGCUAUAUUCACUGUUUGUUGAUGCAGUGCUUAAGAAAUGGUUAAUUGUCUUUAAAGAUGAAAAAUAAGUGCUUGUGGGUUGCUUAAUAUUUUUUAUCCUCUGUGAAAUGAUAUUGCAUUUUAACUAAAUUUUGAACCUACUGUAUAUGAUAAUGGGGAACCAUGUAGGUAUAUACAGAACUUGCAUCAGUAUAGUUCUUGAGUGAAAUGCUAACCAGAGGUCUUCAGAAACAGCAAGAAGUUAUUUCCAUCAUACUCUGUCUACUUUAUCAAGAUGCCUCAGGAUGUGUGUGUGUAUCAGGUCUUGUAAAUUCUUCUUUAUAUAUAUAUAUAUAUACAUAUAUAUUUUUGUCUUCUGCCAAAUUAUGGCAAUUAAAUAAACCAGAUUUUCCUCUAUUUUAUUUUGAAGUAUACAUAUAGCUUGGUCAAAACUCUUAAUUAAGUUCUGUUGUAUGAUGAACUUUCUUUAGGAUGACCCCAUGUAAAUUUUUUUGUACAGAAAUCUUUAAAAUGAAUAUUAGAACUAUUAAGCUAGGAAUAUGCAGUUUUAGUUUCUAGCCAAAGGUUAUGUUUAGUUUGAAUGUUACUUCUCUACAUUAAGAAAAUAUAGUUAAUUUUUAUCAUACAAUACCUUCAGUCAUGUCUAUCCGGUUUUUGUUUUAGUGUAAUUCCAAUACUAAAUGAUUUGUUAUUUAUUAUAUAUGAAAAAUAGUGUACCAUAACUUAAUGGGCCUUUUAGGGGUUAGAUACUUCUUUAAAGGUAAAUAUAUUUAGUUUGCAUUUUAGUCUGAAGUUCCUUCAUUAGUCAUACAAGAGUUUAGAAAAAGUUCAUUACUUGGCAAGUUGACAAAGAUUGAGUAAUCUUAUGCCUAAACAUCAAGUUGCUAAUGAUUUCUUAUUUUAGACAAAGAUAAAUUAAGCAGUAUUUGUUGCCAUGCCAGUUUUUAUCAGAUGAAUAUUAAUAUUUUAUUACUUUCCAUGUCUCAAUGUUUUAAGUGUUUUGAAAUGUUCCUUAAAUGUGUCUUUAUUGUACCUAAACAUUGAAACUCGCCACUACUGGAUAAGUCAUCCUUUAUUAUUUCUCAUAUACAUCAGCCAGGGUUGAAUAUACACUAUCAGUCAGGCUGAUUUAUAAAUUGGCCAGAGAGAAAUUUCUUGUCAUUACUAUUUUUCACUUGAGUGUUUUCCAGUCCAUUUCAAAGUGUUGCAUUUGCUGUACGUGUGAGUAUAUUGUAACCUCAAGGAUUAUCCAAGUUACUGGAGGACAAUUUUUAAAUCAUGUCCAUAGUGAACCAGAUUAAAUUUGGUAGUUUCACACAUUUCAUAAACAAGAAUGUAUUUUUCCUGGAUUAUCUAAUGUACCUUAAUGUGAAGCCUCACCCACAUGUUCAACAAUAUUGGUAGCCUGGCUAGGACAUUCUAUAACUUUUAAAAGGUAUAUACAGUAUAAUAUUUUAUUGGGUGUAUUGUCUCCAGGUUUUGUUUAACAUGGAAAAUCUGUACAUCAAAAGCUUCUCCACUCUCUCAGCUGAACAUACUCUAAAUCUGAAAGAAGUGUGAAGGAGUUAGCACAAAUAAAUGAGAAAUAUA